AAGUUGAUAUUAGAAACAUGAAAAUUCAAUAUCAACAUUGUAGUAUGCUUUAUUUUCUAGAAGAACAAACUGCUAGAGAUUUAAAUCAAUUUAUUUCUUGCUGUUAUAAGGAUAUCGUUGUAUUACCACCAUUUACACCAUUUCUAGAAGAAUUAAAAUCACUAUUUCUUAAUGA